AGAUGGAGUGAAACGGACCAAUGAGCGGGCGACAUCGCACUGGCGUCCGCGGCGUCCUAUUGGCCGGUCGGCGAGCGGGGAACCGGAAGCAUAAGGGUGUGUUUCCGGGGGGCGGGUCCAGCGCCACAUCGACGAAGUUCUCCCAAGACGUCGGGUCUGCAUACAUGAGCAAGAUGGAGCUGCGGCCAUUCCUCAUGUGCUUUGCCCUCUGCGUGGUUUACGCCACAAGCAAGCCCACGGAGAAGAAGGAUCGCAUUCACCACGACGAGCCGCUCAGCAACCGAGAGCACGACGACGCCGAGGGCUUCGACUACGAUCAUGAGGCCUUCCUGGGACAAGAGGAGGCCAAGACCUUUGACCAGCUCACCCCGGAGGAGAGCAAGGAGCGACUUGGCAUGCUGGUGGAGCGCAUCGAUGAAGAUAAAGAUGGUUUUGUGACUGUGGAGGAGAUGAAAAACUGGAUCAAACACUCGCAGAAGAGGUGGAUCUACGAGGAUGUGGAUCGGCAGUGGAAGAGUCACGACCUCAACGGCGACAACGUGGUGUCGUGGGAGGAGUACAAGAACGCCACAUACGGAUACAUUCUCGGUAAGACCACCCAGGCGCGCAAAAAGUCAGCGCGAACGCCGCUGACACUCGCUCAUUUGACCUCAGACGACCCCGAGCCCGACGACAGCUUCAGCUACAAACAGAUGAUGUCUCGUGACGAGAGGAGAUUCAAGAUGGCCGACCAAGACAAUGACCUGAUGGCCAACAAAGAGGAGUUCACCGCCUUCCUUCACCCUGAGGAGUACGAUCACAUGAAAGACAUUGUGGUGCUGGAAACUAUGGAGGACAUUGACAAGAAUGGAGAUGGUUUGAUUGACCUCGACGAGUACAUUGGUGACAUGUACAACCAGGACAGCGCGGGCACAGAACCUGAGUGGGUGAAGACGGAGAGGGAGCAGUUUAGUGAGUUCAGGGACAAAAACAAGGACGGCAAGAUGGACAAGGAGGAGACCAGAGACUGGAUCUUGCCCAACGACUACGACCACGCAGAGGCGGAGGCCAAGCACCUGGUCUACGAGUCUGACGCUGACAAAGACGGCCAACUGACCAGGAGUGAGAUCGUGGACAAGUACGAUCUGUUUGUGGGCAGCCAGGCCACAGACUUUGGAGAAGCCCUGACUCGACAUGAUGAGUUCUAAGACAUUGGACUGUUCUCUCUCCAGACUCCAUGAUGAGGUCACUAACUCUGUGGACAAACAAUAAUUUCUGUGAUGUGUCCCACAAAAGACGCUGGUUUGAUGGUGCACACCCCCGUGUGUCUGCUGUCAGACUAAAAAUCAAAUCAAAAUACCACAGAUGAGAAAGUUAAAGGUCGGGCAUGCAGAAUUGUUUGGUUCCUUGUUUGCAAGCACUGGACAAUAAUUCCCUGCCCAAAAAAUUAGUGAGAUCUCAUCCAAACUGAAUGUUAGAUGUUUGCUCCAAGGGCUGAAUGCUCAGCAACAUGAGGACUGGAGAUGUAGGAAGACCUACAUGAUGCUCUGUGCUGUCUCAUCUUCUAGCUACCAUAUUUAUACAAACACCUCUUUUUGUAUUUGUGUGCCCUGCAAAAUUCACUCAAGGAAGCUUUUCUCCACCACACUUCUCCUAUAAAUUCUUUGCUAAGCUUGUAUUUUCUCUAACACCAUUUAGAACCACUGUUGAUCAUGUUUUAUAUUGUAUAAUGCACAUUGAGGUUAUUUUGUGUUGGUUUUUUUUACCCGCUCACUUCAGAAAGGCAGCGUUUCACUCGAGACUUAACUGUAAAUACGUUUGUCUGCAAACUGAGCUGACGAUCAGGUCAAGUUUUUGUGAUCGAGAACAUCUUAAAAAAAUAAAUAAAAUUAGGGUAAAAAUGUC